ACGUCAUAUUCGAGCGCCGCUCCUUCUUUUCGGCACCCGUGAGACAAACCCCGUCAGUUUUGUGUGUCUGCAAGCCGCUGGGCUUUAUAAACGCUCGAAUUUCCGCGUCAUUCCGGUGUUCGGGAAAGCUUUCGGAGCGAGUCUGUGAUGGCGAAUGAGAGGCUGAGAGCUCUGGAGGAGGUGGAGAAGGAGAUAGCAACCAUCCUGCAGUUCGCCGGAAACAUUAUCAUGGAGCUAUCCAAAGACAAACACAACGCCAGCCUUCUCGACCGACACCUGGUCCAGUUUCAGAGUUCUGUCAACAGAGUGGAGACGGAACUCAGUGGCCAGAUCCGAUACCUCACUCAGGUAGCCACUGGUCAGCCUCACGAAGGUUCCACAUAUUCGGCAAGGAAGGACUGUCAGAUGGCGCUGAACAGAGCUGAGUAUGCCAAGGUGAAACUAGGAGAACUGGGACGGACGUGCGAGGUCAUGUUGGAGCAGCAGCAGCAGCAACAGCAACAGCAGCAGCCGACAUGAAAGGACAGCUAUUGGACAAUUUUUUUUUUCUUGUUACUCUUGUAUUUGAGUCAAUGACAGUGGGAGGACUGACGGACUGACCUUGCCUUUCCUUUCUAGACCUUUCUACAAACGUCCCAGUCAUGUGUGCUUUCCUCUGUUAUGGUUAAAAUAAACGUAUUUUCUAAGAGCUGUAACUGCAAUGUAAUAGAUUUAUAAAGACUUGU